AUGCCAGGAAGCCCCCCGCAGGAGGCCCGCCAGGACAACUGCACGGUGCCCUUCCAGGAGAGCCGGCUGUUCCUGGUGGUGACCUACAGCGCCGUGUGCGCGCUGGGGCUGCCGGCCAACUGCCUGACGGCCUGGCUGACGCUGCUGCAGGCGCUCCAGGGCAGCGUGCUGGCCGUCUACCUGUUCGGCCUGGCCGUGUGCGAGCUGCUCUACGCCAGCACCCUGCCGCUGUGGGUCAUCUACGUCCAGAACCAGCACAGCUGGACCCUGGGGCUGUGGGCCUGUAGGGUGACCGCCUACAUCUUCUUCUGCAACCUGUAUGUCAGCAUCCUGUUCCUGUGCUGCAUCUCCUGCGACCGCUUCGUGGCCGUGGUGUACGCGCUGGAGAGCCGCGGCCGCCGGCGCCGGAGGACCGCCGUCCUCAUCUCGGCGGCCGUGUUCCUCCUGGUGGGGCUGGUUCACUACCCGGUGUUCCAGACGGAGGAGAGAGGGCGGUGCUUCGAGACGGUGCCCAUGGACAGCAGGACCGCCUACUACUACUACUCGCGGUUCGCCGUGGGCUUCGUGCUCCCGCUGUGUGUCAUCGCCUUCACGAACCACCGCAUCUUCAGGAGCAUCAAGCGGAGCGAGGGCCUGAGCGCCGUGCAGAAGGCCAAGGUGAGGCACACGGCCACCGCGGUCGUGGUCAUUUUCCUGGCCUGCUUUGCCCCCUACCACCUGGUGCUGCUCAUGAAAGCCGUGGCCUUCUCCUACUACGGCGGCAACCCGGGCUCCGUGUGCGCCUUGGAGGUCAGGCUCUACACGGCCUCCAUGGUAUUCCUGUGCCUGUCCACGGUGAACAGCGUGGCUGACCCCAUCAUCUACUUGCUGGCCAUGAACCAUUCAUGGCAAGAAGUGUCCAGAACCCACAGGAAGUGGAAAAAGUGGUCCACCAAGAUAGAGGUCACCAAACUCACGUGUUCGAAGGACUCGGAGGAGAGGCGGUCGCCCGUGUCGCUCCCCAACAGUGGCAUGUUCCCCAGGCCUUUCCAGCCCCCCGGGUCACAGCGGGCCACGUGGGUCCCUCUGGGUGCCCUGGAGAGGCUGAGGAAGGAGUCCUGCUGA